CCUGAAGACACUGGCGCGACAACUCUGUGGAAUAGCUCUUUUUUAUCCGCGUUCUGAGUCUCAUUAAUAUUUGUUGUGAUGAAGUGUGAUAUAUGAAUUCAUCUAGGCGGCCUUUGGUGUGGUUCAGAGGGCGGUGUCCGCUGUGGAAAGAAAGUGAGGCUGAGCAGCGCCGCCGGCCGGAUGAGUGGCAACGGGAGCCACAUCCGCCUGCGUGUAACGUGCGUGUGCCUGGCUCUGGCGCUGCUGGCGUACGUGGGACUAACACAAUGGGCCAUUGGGCACGCGCUCCUCCGGGAGCACGCGAGUGGCAGCGCGGGGUCCCUUCCGCUGGCGGCCAGACCCCACCCCGACGACCUCCCGAGCCACGUAAACGCCCGAAUGCUGUUCUUCAACCGCGUGCCCAAAUCAGGGAGCGAGAUGUUGGUCCUUCUCCUCCAGUGGCUGCAGGGACAGAAUACCUUCCGACACAUCCGGCUUCGGAACAGCGUUAGGCGCUACCUCAGCCGAGACGAGCAGAUGGUCACGGAUCCGUUCCAGAAGAAUGUGGGCGAAAAUCUUGCCUGGUAUUGUGAGCAGUGUAAUGCUACGAUGGUCACGGAUCCGUUCCAGAAGAAUGUGGGCGAAAAUCUUGCCUGGUAUUGUGAGCAGUGUAAUGCUACGAUGGUCACGGAUCCGUUCCAGAAGAAUGUGGGCGAAAAUCUUGCCUGGUAUUGUGAGCAGUGUAAUGCUACGAUGGUCACGGAUCCGUUCCAGAAGAAUGUGGGCGAAAAUCUUGCCUGGUAUUGUGAGCAGUGUAAUGCUACGAUGGUCACGGAUCCGUUCCAGAAGAAUGUGGGCGAAAAUCUUGCCUGGUAUUGUGAGCAGUGUAAUGCUACGUCCUGGCUGAGCUUCGACCGCCAUGUUUAUUUCACCAACUUCUCGACUCUGGGCCUCAAGAUGCCCGUCUACCUGAACCUCAUUAGGGACCCUGUGGAGAAGGCCGCCUCCAGGUUUUACUACAGCCGCGUGACGCCCCGCCCCGGUGCCAUGACCCCGGCGGGCUACCACCUACCCCCGCCCCCCCGCUAUUCCACCCUCGAGGACUGCGUCGCCGCCCACGACCCCGAGUGCACCUUCGUGAGUGGCCAGCAGUACGACCUCUCCAUACCUUAUUUCUGUGGACAUGAGGAUUAUUGCAGGGAACUCAAUAACAUAGCGGCCCUGAACACAGCCAAGAGCCACGUCGAGCGAUGGUAUCCUGUAGUAGGCAUCCUGGAGGACCUCAACGCUACCCUGGCCGUCCUACAGGAUAGACUUCCCGGAUAUUUCGAGGGCGUCCUGGAUCUCUAUUAUAAUCAGUUGCUUGGUAAGUUGGCUGAGAUUGGGCGCUCCUGUGAUUAA